AUGGAUAUGGACGACAUGCCCCAAACACUUACGAUCGCACCUGGGACCGCUCUCGAACGUGCGGUUGCGUACGGACAGGAGUUGCAGUCAGAGUACAAAGACCGCCCGGAGAUGCGCGCCAUCUUUAAGCGCACAAGCAUGAUCGUGGCUUUCGAGGAUCCGCUUGAGGCCGGCGGGGAUGCAGCAGACGUGGCUGGGCAGGGAGCAAGAGUCAGUCUUGCAACGGAAGUGAACCAGGCUAUUUUGCUGUCGCAAGGGCGUCCUGCUCAUCCGGCCUUGGAGAGGAUAUACCGCCAUACUGCAGCAUCUCUCACGCAGCUUGCACUGAUUGGAAAUGGGGCUGCUGCUCUCGUGGACAUGCCAAGGGAGCUCUUGGAUGCGUGA